AUGCUUGAAUCUCUCUUUCUCGGCGGGCUCAUCGCUGCCGCCGCGGUCGAAGCCGCGCAGCCCGGCGCUGUCAAGCCGGUGGCGGCACCCAUGCGAGACCUGACUUGGGGCCAGCUCAACUUUCUGCACACGACAGACACGCACGCCUGGCUCAGCGGGCAUUUCCUCGAGCCCUCCUUCUCUGCCGAUUGGGGUGACUACAUCUCCUUCUCCCAGCAUAUGCGCAAGCUGGCCGACGACAAAGGCGCCGAUCUCCUCCUCAUCGAUACCGGCGACCGCAUCGAGGGCAGUGGCAUCUACGACAGCUCCAUCCCAAAAGGUCUGUACCAGUACGACAUCUACGCUCAGCAGAAGAUUGAUCUUAUCACUACCGGCAACCAUGAGCUGUACAAAUCCUAUUCGAUCGACAUGGAACACAAUACCACCAUUCCCAACUUCAAGGAGAACUACAUCACAUCCAACUUGGACUACAUUGAUCCCAAGACUGGCAAGCGCGUGCCCCAAGCCCAGCGAUACCGCAAGUUCAAGACCAAGAACCUAGGCAUUAACAUUGUGUCCUUUGGCUUCCUCUUCGACUUUACAGGCAAUGCCAACAACAGCAUCGUUCAGCCGGUGGCCGAUACCGUAAAGGAGGAUUGGUUCCAAGAGGCCAUCAAGGAGAAGCCCGACCUCUUUGUGGUCAUUGGCCAUGUCGGCGUGCGCAUGGAAGAAUUCAGAACUGUCUUCAAGGCUAUUCGCAAGGAGGAUUGGGACACGCCCAUCGCGUUCUUCGGCGGCCACCUACACAUUAGAGACGCCGUGAGCUAUGACUCCAAGUCAUUAGCCAUCGCCUCCGGUCGAUACCUUGAAACCAUCGGCUGGAUGUCUAUCGAUGGCAUCGUCAAGAAGCAGCCCAAAGACGAUGAGAACGAAGAAGUUGAGAUUAAAAAGGGUCCCACAUUCACACGCAAGUAUAUUGACAACAACCUGUACGGAAUGUACUAUCACACUGGCUUAAACGAGACAACCUUUCCCACCAAAGAGGGCCAAAAAACGAGCAAAAUGAUUGAGAAUGCCCGCAAAACUCUCAAUCUUGGCCAUCGCUACGGCUGUGCACCCCGAGACUUGUGGAUGACCAGGGCCCCGUAUCCCAGCAAAGACAGCAUCUACACUUGGCUUGAAGAAGAAGUGCUCCCCGACGUGGUUGUCAACAAGGACCGGAAGGACAAGCCUCGACUGGCCAUAGCCAACACGGGUGGCAUUCGCUUCGACAUUUUCAAGGGUCCUUUUACACGAGACGAUACAUUUACCGUGAGCCCUUUCACUAGUGGCUUCCGCUAUGUGCCCGAUGUUCCGUACGAAAUUGCUGCCAAGGUUAUCGGGCUUCUCAACAGCCAGUCGAGAAUCUUUGUUGCUGGACUUCCAGACACCCGACAGUUGACCAUUCCGCAGCUAAUGUAUCCACGCCCGAGAUAUCUUGAUGAGACUGAGGUUGAGACUGAAGUUGAGACUGUUGAACAAGUCGAAGAUGAAUCAGAGGCUCGCCUCGAGCUGCGUGGAGUGGAUGCCUCGGGGGACAAUGAUGAAAUCUUUGGCGGCUAUACGACAAAGGACGACAUCAGCAAAGACGGAGAUGACACCGUCCACAAGCCCAUUGAUUUUUACGCAGUGCCCAACUGCAUCCAGGCCGAGAUUGAUUUCCCGACCGAAGAAAAGCCCGAGACGGUAGACCUCGUCUUUCUCGACUUCUUACAACCAUGGAUGAUACCCGCCCUCAAGUUUAGCGGCGGCGAUUACAGUGCCAAAGAUAUAGAGCCGUAUAUGGAGGGAACGUUGACGGACAAGUUGGCUAACUGGAUUGGCGACAACUGGAAGGAUGAAUGCAACUAG